AUGGCCAACUUGAUGGCGUUUGCCUCUUUUGCCCAAUGCUUCUACCGGGCGACUGCGACAGCCUCUGUGCCAGCGGCCCGACUCCUGUGGGGGGGCUUCAGCUGCGAGUUCGAGGAUGCAGAGGCAAGCGAGUCUUUCGGUGUUUGGUGGUGCUUUCGCUCUGGGCCACCGGAUGGCACCGGCCUCGCGCUUCCACCGCAGCUAUGCACACGCACACGAAGCGUUGUGGACUUCAGAAUCAUGGAGCAUGAGCUUCAGGCAUCUCGAGAAGAGCUUGAAGUGCAGAUGCCGAACGGCUGUGCAGGCGACACCGCAGAGUCAAGAUGCGUUGCAUGGGGGUUCUUGGGUCUCAGUGUGGACUCCUGGAUAACAGGUGGCUCCGGCCCGGCAGGGACGAUCAAGGCAAGCCAGCCUGCACUGCACCGGCAAUGUGCUGUCUUCUCUUGUGAUUCCAGUCGCAGCCAGCAUGUCGGCAACGCUGCGAGCUCUGGAUCCAAGGAGGAGCCGCUGGUCGAAUCAAUCCAUAUUGGCAGAGGCAAGGACGGGCUGCCUGGCAUUGCUGUGAGAUUGCUGGAGAUUCAGGCAGUAAUUCUUGUGGGAGGGGGCUUCAACAGCAGUGCCGGAGCCCACGCGCUCGCAUCGCAACCGGGGCAGAUGGCAGAGUGUCGAAUGAUUGAGGUCAUCCGCAGCUUUGGAAGCCCAGAGCGUCCAUCGCAGGAGGGUUUCGGUGCGAAGCAAGAAGGAGAGCCGCACACCAAGCAGGAGGUGGAGGAGGAGGAGGAUGUUGGUGCGGAAGAGGUUGUAAAAGAGGAAGAGCUGGCAUGGAAGGAGGAGGAUGAUGAGGAGAAGCAGGAAGAGGAGGAGGAGGGCAUUUAUUCUCAAAGUACCGCUGCUGGAACAUCGACCUCUGCCUCGCAAAGUUUGUCACAAGCAUCCUGGCAACCGUUGUCACAGGACUUGGAGGCCACGGAGCAUGGCUUGGAACUGGCGGAUGCAGCAGGCAUGCAAGAGCCUCGUGGAGGCUUCGCAGAUCUCAGUCCGGAAGAGAAGGAAAUACUUUUAACUGUGUCUGAAAGCCUCACGAAAGAGAUAGGUAUGAAGGCUUUUUACACGUUCGAUGUCCGGACAUGCCGUGAGGACUUGAAGAAAUUGGUGCACACCUUCUUCUCCAGGUACAGGCAGACAGAAUCCGAGGACCACUACUUCGACACGGAAGCAAUUUAUCAGAACAAUCAGAGGAGGUUUGCAUCAACAUUGACGACGCCUUCCUUCUACGGGCGUAGUUUUCGAGGCCACCCGAUGCUGCUUCGCAGUAUGGCGGAAACCUCUGCUUGUAGGACAUUCCUGGAAGAUAUAGACGCUCGCGAGGUUUCCAGGUGGCUUCCGCCACCUUCCAGAGUACUGCGAAGAGAGAUCUUGGCAAAGUUCAACAAAGACUGGAAGGAGGCUAUGAUUCAGCGGGGCAUCCGUCCCAAGCUAGUUCAGCAAGAAGCUAUCCAAGCGCUUUCCGAGACACUUCUGGUGGUUUCGCACGACGCCGACUUCCUCGACUCUGUUUGUACCGACGUCCUCCACUCAGAGGUGAUCCUGAAGCAGCCUGCAGAUGGCACGCACGCAGGAAGCCUAGUCGAGCGCUUCCUGGAGUACGCAGAGGCCGACUCCGUGCUGUCUGUCUCAAAGGGUAUAAAGGGUCCCAAGAUGUCUCACAAGACGCACGGUGGUGCUCCCGCCAAGGCAGGCUUCACAAGUCUCAAGUCGCCUCGCAGCCAGCCAGAAGCAAAGGAUGCCUGGCGAAAUGGGCGAAAUGGCACAUUCACAGAGCGUCUGCACUACGGGCUGAUCAGCGGUAUCGACAAGUUCAUUGAGCGGGAUACCGAGGAGGCCCGGGCCGAACUGCAAGUCCCGCUGCGUGUCAUCGAGGGGCCGCUGAUGGAAGGCAUGGGCAUCAUCGGAGACCUUUUCGGAUCCGGAAAGAUUUUCUUGCCGCAGGCCAUCAAGAGCGCGUGGGUCAUGAAGAAGGCCAAGUGGCCAGAGAUUGAAAUCGAGUCUGCAAUGCAUUCUGGCCGUCAGUGGUCGAUGGGACGACACAUGCUGACAGGCUGUGCGGCUGUGGCAUAUCUGACCUCGUUCACGGAAGACGAAAGGCGCGCAGCCGCCGUCGCUGCCGGCGAGGACCCUGAUCAGCCCAAGUGCUGA